UUUUUUGUUUGUUUGCAUUCGUCUGUUGUCAUUUCAAUACUAACCUCACAUUAUUUUAUUUUAUUUUAUUUUUUUAAACAUAAAUGGAAGAUGUCCACACGGUCCAGAAUUUCUACGGUGUGUAUUUGCUCUAUUGUUUGAAUCCUAAAUUUACUGGUAAGACUUACAUCGGGUACACCGUUGAUCCAAAUAGGAGGAUCAAACAGCAUAAUAAAGGAAAAAAAUUCGGAGGAGCGUGGAGAACAAGCAAUAGAGGGCCAUGGACGAUGGUUCUUAUAAUUCAUGGUUUCCCAAACGACAUAUCGGCGUUACGGUUUGAGUGGGCCUGGCAACAUCCUCAUUCAUCGCGCAGGCUUAUUCACGUACCCAAAAAGAAAGCUCGCGAAAAAUUGUAUGACUUUUGCUUGAGGGUGUUGUGGGAAAUGUUGCAAGUGGGCCCUUGGAACAAACUUCCGCUGACAAUUCGUUGGUUGAACCAAGAAUUUGUUAGAGAGUUUGAUAUAAAUAAAAUUCCUCCCAUGCAUAUGCCAAUUUGUUAUGGACCGGUAGUAAGCAAGAAAUUGCCACACCAUGCCUCUCAUUCCAAUAACGGAUCAGCAAUGACAUGUUAUGGGUGUUCCAAACCAAUUGAAAAUGAUAAAAAAAUGACAUGCCUUAAUGCUCAGUGUUCUAUGGCAUGUCACAUCAUUUGCCUGUCCAGAUAUUUUCUGGCAAAGGGAGAAUAUGUGCCAGUUGAAGGGAAGUGCCCCAAAUGUGAUAAUCAAUAUUUGUGGGGUGAUUUUGUUAGGAAAUUUAAAGGCUGUGCUGAUGUGGACAUGCAAAUGAACAUGGAUGAUGCAAACCAAUUUUAUUGUUCUGAGGAAGCGAGAUGAAUUUUAUUGCCGAACUCAUUUUUUGCAUAAGGGACAUGAUUUUUUGUAUUU